UGACGUUAUUGUCACGGUGAUCAUUCAAUCGUCAGAACCACAGCAUAACAGUAAAGAGAACUUUGUCAAAUAUUUGAAAUAAAAUGGAAUUCGUAGAAUUCAUCUAAACACGAAAGGAAUGGAACUGUUAAGAUUAAACAAGAAAGAUCGUGAAAUGGCUUCCAGCCUUGCUCGCCAACAAAAGUUUGCCGCCGGCCAGUCACAACUUGAUUAUCACAUCAACUGUGUAUUACUGCAAGCUUCGUUUAGAAGAAGGCCAUCGGUUUCAUUUGCACCAGUACAAAAAUCUGGUGCUGGAGACUCCGUAAGCAAUAAGGUAAAAUCAUCAACUAUUCUAGGCGCGUCAACAGCUUCAUCAAAAAUGGUAUGUUCUAAAUUCACGCUUGCGAACAGGAGUUCGAAAGGGUCAGCAAUAAUGAAAGCAACAGGUUCAACGUGGAUGUGUAAAUCGUCAAAAUAUGAUGAAAAGGGCUUUCCAAAUCACGUGCAUGAUGUCAUUGAUACAAGUAUUAUGAGGUUGGUACCAGAUCAUGAUUUUGAAAUUCCUACAGAACCAGAAUUUGAAAUGCUAAUCAAAAGUGCCCAUCCAAAACCCGAACCAGAUAAUACUUUGCCUGGUGAUGAUGUAAAAGCAUGCUUUGAAAAUGAAAUAUAUGAAGAAAACGUUAAUAUUGUUACAGAUGUCGACGAAGUUUAUGACAUUGGUUUAUUCUUUGAGGUCUGCAACGAAAUAAAGAAGAAAGAUGUUGACGAAGUUUAUGACAUUGGUUUGUUCUUUGAUAUCUGCAACGAAAUAAAGAAGAAUGAUAUCGACGAAGUUUAUGACAUUGGUUUGUUCUUUGAGAACUGCAACCAAAUAAAGAAGAAAGAUGUCGACGAAGUUUAUGACAUUGGUUUUUUCUUUGAGGUCUGCAACGAAAUAAAGAAGAAUGAUAUCGACGAAGUUUAUGACAUUGGUUUGUUCUUUGAGAACUGCAACGAAAUAAAGAAGAAUGAUAUCGACGAAGUUUAUGACAUUGGUUUGUUCCUUGAGAACUGCAACGAAAUAAAGAAGAAUGAUGUCGACGAAGUUUAUGACAUUGGUUUGUUCCUUGAGAACUGCAACCAAAUAAGGAAGAAAGAUGUCGACGAAGUUUAUGACAUUGGUUUGUUCUUUGAGGUCUGCAACGAAAUAAAGAAGAAUGAUAUCGACGAAGUUUAUGACAUUGGUUUGUUCUUUGAGAACUGCAACGAAAUAAAGAAGAAUGAUAUCGACGAAGUUUAUGACAUUGGUUUGUUCCUUGAGAACUGCAACCAAAUAAGGAAGAAAGAUGUCGACGAAGUUUAUGACAUUGGUUUGUUCUUUGAGGUCUGCAACGAAAUAAAGAAGAAUGAUAUCGACGAAGUUUAUGACAUUGAUUUGUUCUUUGAGAACUGCAACGAAAUAAAGAAGAAAGAUGUUGACGAAGUUUAUGACAUUGGUUUGUUCUUUGAGAACUGCAACGAAAUAAAAAAGAAAGAUGUUGACGAAGUUUAUGACAUUGGUUUGUUCCUUGAAAACUGCAACGAAAUAAAGAAGAAAGAUGUCGACGAAGUUUAUGAUAUUGGUUUGUUCUUUGAAGUCUGCAACCAAAUAAAGAAGAAAGAUAUCGAUGAAGUUUAUGACAUUGGUUUGUUCUUUGAAGUCUGCAACCAAAUAAAGAAUGAAAAUAUCGAUGAAGUUUAUGACAUUGGUUUGUUCUUUGAAGUCAGCGAGCAGUUAAAGAAGGAAGACAUCGACGACGUGUUUAACAUUGGCUCCUUUUUUGAAGCCUGUGAUAUAAUUAAAACAAGAGAGUUUGAAAAUGAUAUUGUCUCAGUUUUGGACGCAAGGAACGGCGACGUCCACGGAAAUAUUCAAGUGGACAGCACCAUGCCCUUACCUCGUCUCGAUGACAACAUGGAUUUUGCUGAGGAUAUGUUCGGAAUUCUAGGAGUGUUUUGUAGGAGUGGAUUACAUUUCCUGAGCAGCGGAGUUCAAGAAGUCAUUGUUUAACUCCAGCACACUAUUGUGUUAUAAACAUUUUUAUUGUUAUUUGUUAUGAAAAUCACAUUAAAAAGGAAUACGAUUAUUUUUGUUUAACAAAA